AUGACCAGCCCCGUCUGGAUCCCCACUGUCCCGCAUGACCAGAUCCCUAUGAACAUAUAUCGUGCACAUGUCAAUAAAAAAUUCAAUCAGGAUUUGCGCUCAUCUCAAGAGCUACACCACUGGUCUAUUCGAAACCUCCAAGACUUCUGGAUGGACCUUCAUUCCUAUACCGGAAUCAUCCCUCCUUUGCCACCGACCAUCACCAAGGCGUUUGAUGCCAAGGUGCCGAUGGAGAAUGUUCCGGAGUUCUUUCGUGGUGCCACUGUAAACUAUGCCGAAAAUGUUAUCAGUGGCAGAGACCCGACGAAGACUGCAUUAGUUGGAAUACGUGAAGGUCAUGGCCUGAGUGGGGAAGUCUGGACAUGGGGGCUAUUGUGGGAAAAUGUUCGAAAGGCGAGAAGCGCUUUAUUACAAACAGGAAUUCAAGAAGGAGACCGAGUGGCAGCGAUCAUUUCCACUAGUGUCUGGUCAGUAGGCCUAUUUUUGGCAACUGCAAGCAUUGGUGCAAUAUGGACAAGCAUUGCACCUGAUUUGGGCGAUGAGGGCUGUAUAUCACGUUUGCGUCAGGUCAAGCCGAGUUUGCUCUUUGCAGAUGCUGAGUCGACAUAUAAAGGAACCAUGCGAUCCAAUGUCCUGAAGAUUCAGAAUAUAGUCAAGGCUAUACAAGUCCGGCCUAUGGUCUUUUUAAUCCCUAUAUCGGGUGCCGAUGAAGCCAAGAGUAAGUUUGACCUUUCCUCUUUGAAAAUGGUACAGACCGGGGGAUCCCACCUUGGUAAGGACCAAUACCACUGGUUUUAUCGCACGUUCCCUUUACAUGUCCAUCUCACAAGUGUGACCGGUGGGACGGAUCUGGUAACCUCUUGGAUUGGUACGGAUCCCGCCGGUCCUGUCUAUCCGGGCGAGAUACAAUUGCCCAUGUUAGGGCAGGAUGUGGAUGUGGUAGACCCAAUUACGGGAGAGUCCAUCAAACAUACCGGUGGGCAUGGUGAAUUUGUCUGCCGUCAGCCUUUUCCCUCUAUGCCUGUAUUCUUCUGGGGCGAUGAAGACGGAUCAAAAUACAAGACCACAUAUUUUGCCAAAUUUCCCAACUUUUGGGCCCAGCAUGAUUGGGCGAGUUACAACCCUCACACCAUGGGCUGGCAAAUACAUGGCAGAAGCGACGGUGUGCUAAAUCCUCAGGGGAUACGAUUUGGAUCUUCCGAUAUCUAUUCUAUCACCGAGUCUGCUCUGUUUAACAAGGUGGUCUCCGUCACUUUAUGCGUUGGUAGACGGAGGUCGCAGGAUUCAGAUGAAGCAGUAUUCCUGUUUGUGGUGAUGCAGGCCAAUCAAUCAUUCACUUCUCAGAUUGAAUAUGAGAUAAAGAAUGCUAUUCGGAAGGGGCUGAGCAGCAAGCAUGUUCCUCGUUUCAUUAUAGGUGUCAAGGAGGUUCCUAUGACUGUAAAUGGCAAAAAGAUCGAGACUUUGGUGAAACAAGUCGUGUCUACGGGAUAUCUACCCAAGACCAUCAGCAGCACUGUCGCGAAUCCCGAAUGUUUGGAACAUUUCAGGCAGUACUACAAUAUGGAGGUUGUCAAUAAAGAUAGAAGUAGACUAUAG